AUGCUGUAUGAAUGCUUAGAACAAGAAGAUAAUUCAGUAAUGUUAAACAUCUUAACUGAUAUUCCAGCCUAUUUAUUGUCCAGAGUACUGCCAACAAGCUUUAUUUUAGCCAUCUUAGCAGUGAUCAGUUACGCAGUCAUGGGAUUUCGAUUCGUGUAUGAUGUCCUGGUCACUGGACACGGUCUGGCGUUGGUUCUUGAAGAAGCGAAGUUUCUGAUGGAAGAAAGUAAUGUGGAUGAAAACACAAAUGCGAAUGAAAAUAGCUUUAUUUCAAAACAGCAACUGUUUGAUAAUUUUCGGAAUAGGUCACAGAUUGACAUUAGUAAUGAGUUUGACACUGUUAAUCCAGAUAUAGAAAUAAAAAGUUAA